UGGGGUAAUAACAUGCUAAACUACUUAAGACAUUGGCUCGAAUCUAGAUCGUACCUUUAGAUUUCGAGAAAUUAACAACUAAGGAAUACUUUUUCACUUCUCUCAUUGACUGCUCAAACCCCAAAUCCGGACCUGGUCUGCUUGGUCUGUUUCGCAAGCGUUCCCAGAAGUCUCGCGAUGUUGCGCCUCUGGGAUUUAACUACCAACUAUUUUGAUUCAUUGUGCAGAAAGAAGCAAACUAGCAUAUCGUUUUGCAAAAUACAAUAAUUUGUGUAAUAUGUCUGUCACGGAAAUGUUCAGCUACAUUCAGGCUUUUCUGAGUGCGGAUCAAGAAAUAAGAGAGGACAUAAAAAAAGUGGUACAGGUUCUGGAACAGACGGCGAGGGAGAUCCUGACCCUGCUCCAAAGUGUCCAUCAACCAUCUGGCUUCAAAGAGAUUCCCAUUCCCAGUAAGUGCGCAAAGGCCAAGGAACUGUUUUGUACAGUCAGGACGCACCUUGGAGAACUCAAAACCAAGUUCCCAGUGGAGCAGUACUACAGGUUCCAUGAGCACUGGAGGUUUGUUCUGCAGCGCCUGGCCUUCCUGGCAGCGUUCGUGGUCUACCUGGAGAGUGAGUCUCUGGUGACACGUGAUGAAGUGGCACAAAUACUAGGAAUCGAGGUGGUGAGAGAGAAGGGAUUCCACCUGGAUGUUGAGGAUUACCUGGCAGGUGUGCUGAUCAUGGCCAGUGAACUGUCUCGCCUGGCGGUGAACAGCGUCACAGCAGGGGACUAUGGCCGUCCCCUCCGCAUCUCCAACUUCAUCAACGAGCUGGACUCUGGCUUCCGCCUGCUCAACCUCAAGAACGACCCCCUGAGGAAGCGCUACGAUGGUCUCAAGUACGACGUGAAGAAGAUAGAGGAGGUGGUCUACGACCUGUCUAUCCGCGGCCUGACCAAAGAGCAGGAGGCUGGGGGCGACAAGUAGAGCUGAGGGGGGUGGUGGUGGAGAUGGAGGGUGUUGGACUGGGGCUCUACCCUAGGCUGGCACCUGACCUCUCCAUAACUGGGACAGUGGAGUUUUGACCUGCUGAAUGGCAGAAUUAGGAGGUUAGACUUGCGCGUGUGGAGAAGUGCAUGUGAUGAAUGACAGUCUUGUCAGUGGGGUUGGAAAGCCUUUGAUAUAGAGGCACAGUUUGAAGGGGAGGGGUUGUUCCAUUUUGAUUACUGGCGUUUGGAAAUGUUCACUUUAAUGUCCAACAUCAUACUGUAAUAUGCCUGUUAUUAUGUUUCAGUGUUUUUUGCUGUUCAUAAAUGUUGUACUGCUGUAUGAAUUAUUGUUGUUAAUUUCAUUUAAGGGGGUGCUGACUGGGUGUAAACCUCCACCCAGAAGAAAAGAGAACGCGUUAACUACCAUGUUUAAAACGUUUUUGUUUUUGGUUCAUGAGCAAAUAAAUAAUGAUUUUGUGCCAUUUGUCUGCCAUAAGCCACCUGAUAUGACAGUAAUUUGCGUUUAGCUAGUUUGGUCUCUGAUUGUUCUGUUCAGGGUUGAUAUCUCAAAAUGUUCAAACAACCAAUAAACAAAACAUCAGAGGGAUGCAAGGAGACUAGGGGAGAAGCUCAAUUGUCUUCUCCUCACCUCCUUCUCAAAACCCAUUGGAGAAGGUCAGAGGGACGACACCUCUGGCUUUCUCAUCCAAUGGGUUUUGAGGAGUGGGCAAUUUAGGUUCUUCCUAGGAGGAGAGGACAAGACUAAUCACAGUGAGAUUCUCUUUUGGGCGAAAGACCAUCCUCUCCUCGACUCCUCCGUCCUCUGCGUGACCCGGAAACCAAUAAGUGGUCGAGGAGGGUGUCAAUUCGUUAGUAAGCGAACGGAAGUGUCCUCCCCUCAUCGAUAGCCACCUUUCGUUGAAGAUAGUCAUGUCUAUCCUACCUGAGUCGUUCUCGGAAGAGUUUUGAUAUUUACAUUUACAUCAUUUAGCAGACGCUCUUAUCCAGAGCGACUUACAAAUUGGAUAUCUGCCACACCCCCUCGUAAGUAAGCAUUUCACAGUAAAGUCUAUGCCUGUUGUAUUCGUUGCAUGUGAGAUGGUGAGGAGAAAGGAUAUGAGGAAUCAAGGAAAUACAAUUGAGAUCUAUCCCCAUUCAGGUUAGAACGGCAUUCUCCUCAAAGCAGACAUGGCAGUGUCAGCUAGAGACGGAGGAAAAUACUGUACUUCAUUCAUGGAAAAGCUUUCUGUCUUAAAAUAUAGAUUUUGAUACAUUGUUAGGGCCACUCCAUGCAUCUACUGCAUAUGUACCUUACUGUAGUUGAAUUAUAGUAAAUAUAAUUUUUUGUAUUGUUGCACUUUGUUCUUUUUUUUAUUUGUGACUCCUUACAAACAAUUCCACCUGAUUUAAAGGAAUAUUGUGUAUUUUUGAUGAAUUAGAAAAUGUUACAAAUAAAUAUUUCUACAUACUA